AGUGCGGGUCCCUGAAGGCCUGAGCUCUCAAAACCAUAGCAACUCCCAAGCGGUCAUCAGAGACCAGGCAUUUUACGUAUUCAGCGGUGUAAAGACGUGUUCUUUUUCGCCUUUCAAGUAGCCGGAAUUUGAACCAGCAUUAGCGACGAGACACCAAGAUCAUUUACUCGGCUACUCCCGCAACGACCAGAGCUUCGCAAUGAGUGGUGGUUGGAACACCAUCGAGUCCGAUGCGUGGAACCUUCAGGGCGUCUUCACCUACCUGCUCGACAACCUCGGUGUAAAAGACGUCCAAUUCGAGGAGCUGCUUUCCCUCGACCCGGACGCUCUCGCGCAACUCUACCCUGUCUACGGCGUCAUAUUUCUUUUCAAGUUCCCGACCGACGCUCCCUACCGAGCCGGCGACAAGCCUCUCGACGGCACCUUCGACCAAGAUGCAGCGGAGCGCCUGUUCUUCGCGGCACAGACCAUCCAGAACGCUUGCGGGACACAGGCCCUUCUCAGUGUGCUGCUCAACAAGACGGCCGACUCACCCGGCGCCACCCCGGACGAGACGAUUGAUAUCGGCCGCUCGCUGACCGACUUCCGCGAAUUCACCAUGGCCCUGCCCCCCGAAUACCGCGGCGAGGCGCUUUCCAACUCAGAGCUGAUUCGCGACGUGCACAACAGCUUCGCCAAGUCGUCGCCCUUCGUCGACGAGACGCAGCGGCAGUCCGACGAGGGCGAGGACGCCUUCCACUUCAUCGCCUACACCCCAGUCGGGGGCACGCUCUACGAGUUUGACGGCCUGCAGCCCGCGCCCAUCUCUCACGGGCCCUGCUCGCGGAACGACUUCCCUGCCAAGGUCAUGGACGUGCUGCAGCGGCGGAUCGCACGGUAUGAUGCCACCGAGAUCAGGUUUAACCUGCUGGCGAUGGUGCGCGACCUGCGUGUUCGGGCGCGGGAGAUUGGAGAUUUCGAGCUGCUGGCGAGGGAGGAGCAGAAGCGGAGGGACUGGCAGUUUGAGAAUGCGCUGAGAAGGCACAAUUUUGUGGGGCUCGCGGGCGAGGUGCUGAAAGGGGUCGUGGCAGCCAAAUUGAAGGAGGGGAAUGGGGCGUAUGAGAGGUGGAUUGACCAGGCGAGGCAGAAAAUGAUGAAGAGAAUAGAGGAGCGCAAGAAGGGCACUGGCGGCAGUGGCGGGGAUGUCGAAAUGGCAGGGUAG